UACACACUAUCGAUUGGUCAAAAGUCCCUAGUCAGUCAGUCAAUCUCGUGAACAGAAAAUUAUUUAAUUAUUUACUUGUUAAUGACAAAGUACAAUAUGAAAAUAAGAUACCUUCUACAGCUUUUGGCUCUUAUUGUCCUAUUAGGAUUGGUCAAGGGAGAUAUUACAACACAGGAUGAGCUGGUGGAUGAAGUUUCCGGUUUAUAUACAAUUGAGGGCAAAGUUUACCCACCUGAGGCCCAACAAAUGAGCUACAAUCCCAACGCUGCGCCCAACAACAAGUGGCAAAUAGACACUGUUUUGAACAUAAAUGGUGGCGAAUACAAAGGUUUCAUAAGGGAAGAUGGAUCAUUUAUCAUUAGCUCUGUGCCCUCGGGCAGUUAUGUUGUAGAAAUUGUCAAUCCUGACUAUUACUAUGAACCCGUGAGAGUGGAAAUAAAUCCUAAAGGUAAAUUCCGCGCUCGCAAAGUGAACUAUAUCCAACCGUCCCAAAUUGUACAAGUGCAUUACCCAUUGAAGUUGAAGGCAUUGACCCGCUUUAAAUAUUUCCAAACUCGUGAGCAAUGGAAGAUAACCGAUUUCCUUUUCAGCCCCAUGGUUUUGAUGAUGGUCUUGCCACUGUUGUUAAUGUGGGUUUUGCCAAAAAUGGUCAAUGAUCCAGAAACCAAAAAAGAAUUGGAAAAUAUGCAAUUCCCCAAGAUGAACAAUGACAUGCCAGAAAUAAGUGAAAUGAUCACCUCGCUUUUCACCGGUGGUGCAAAACCACAGGAGAAAGAGAAAAAACCAACCUCUAAUACAAAACAAACUAAGAAGAGAAAUCAAUAGAUUGAAUUAGUUCAUAAGGGGGUUGUAGAAUAGACUUUUAGUUUUAUUACGUUUCGAUGCAUAAAAAUAUCAAAAACAUUUAUGUUACACUAUCUACGUACAUACGUAUUCUCUUUUAUUAUAAUAUAAAGAAAACUAGAUCAAACGAUAAUAAAUUCAAAACUAAUCAAGUAA